UGGUGAAUGCUCUAUUUUGUUGCGAACUUUUCUCGAUUAAUUAAUCUAAUUGCUUUGGUUUGUGCAUGAUAAUCAAAGAAUGGAAAAUAAAUUGGCACAGACAGUAAGAUCAUCAGAAAGUUUGGAUGUUCGUGAUAAGUUUUGCUACUAUUGCCAUGAAAAAAGCCUAAAAAUCAGCUGUUCCAAAUGUUUCCGCUCGUACCAUGAUAAGUGUUUGAAGGUCAAUGCCAAGAACUGCCGCAUCAAUACAUCGACCAAUACGAUUGAAUGUGCGAUUUGCAGCGCUUUGGAAAUGGAAGCGGCCACCAGCCAUGGACAACAAGAGUCGUUGGAUUUGCUGAAGUACACAAUGGCCAAGGUUUUGAGCGUGUCCGACUUCAAAGUGCUGCAAUACAUGGUUGAUUGGAAGAAGCAAUCGAAACACCACAACGCUGUCGUCAAUCCGAUCGAUUUAGCCGUAUGUAAAAAGGUUGAUGGCCGUAUCUACGAUAGUUUCUAUGCGUUCACCAAUGACUUGCAAAACAUCUUCCACAAUUGCUUCGUUUACUACAGCGAGCGUCAUGAAUUCACCGAAAACGCCAAAAAAUUGCUGGAAUUUGGCCAAUCUGAAGUCAAUUCGAUUUUAAGCUGUGCCGAAUGCUAUCGCAACAAGUACACUCGUCCGGAUAAAUGGCGCACAAUGGCAUGUGGCAAGCCUCAUCUUCUACUACUAAAAUCAUUGUCGUUACGCCGCUUUAGCUGGGCCAAGUUGAAUCGAUCCACUGAUUUUUGGCCGGCUAAGAAGGGCUAUUCGCAUUGGCCAGCCAAGCUGAUAUCGGUCUUUGAGAACGACAUCAAAGUGGUAUUUUUCGAUCACACCGAAUUUAAUGUGAUCCCAUCGAAGCAAUGCUCACUUUACUCGAUUGACGUUCCAAGUUUGUCAAACAUCAAUGUUGACGCGGACGAUAUCAAAGCGGCUCUGCAGGAGCUGGAAUUGUAUGCGGCCAACGUGAAGAAAAAGCAUGGCGAAGUCAAUAAGAGAUUGCCUCAUACUCGAUUCGAUAACAAUAAAUUUGACGAUCAUCACAAGGCUAUGUUCCCCAAUUACAAUGAAAAUCACUUCGUAGCAACGACAUCGGGGGACAGCGUUGAUGAACCGGUCAUUGCAAAGAAGCGUCCACGGAUCGCCAUCGACGCCCUAACAACAUCUGAUGUUGAAACAACACCGACAUCAGCCUCUGAUGUUGAAACCCCACCGGUCCCUGAAUCGUCACUCGACGGGGACUCAUUGAUUUGGGGGCACUUGCACUGUAAACAAUUGCUUGAAGAAAGUGUAAAAACCAUGAGCACCGAUAUGCUGUCAAUAAUUGACAAUAGCCUGACCAAGCUUCUCAAUGUCAACAAACAAAAGUUAUCAGAAUCGUCACAGGCGAUUCGGGCAGCUGCUCAUUUGGCUAAAAAUAACGAACUAAUUGAACAAUUAAAGGCUAUAAGAUUGGAUCGGGACAAUUUAAGGCGGUUGUUAAUCAAAGCAAAUGAACAGCUUAGAGAAACACAACCCAAACAGCAGCAUGGUGAAAAGAACGGUCAAUUUGUUGAUCAAAUUGAAAAGGAUUUGAAUGAGGCCAAUCGCUUGGUGGCCAAAAUGAUAACCGAUAAAGACGCUGCACUGACCGAUGCCAAAUUAGAGCACGAACAUCAAAUGGAUGAGCUAAAAAUAAAAUUCCGGGCCCAACACUGUGCAGCAGUGUUGAAAACUGAAUUGAAAUUUGAAAAAGAACGAAAUCGUAUUGUGAACGAUUUGCGGAAGAGCCAUCGAAUUGAAUUGGAUUUGGAAAAGAAAUGGGCAAUCGAUGAAAUUGAUAAAAUGACAAGGGAACACAAUGAAAUCGUGACAGAAAUGAAACGACAAAUUCAAGCUGCGGCUGAUGAGAAGGCCAGUCUUGAAAAUAAGUACCAAGGCAUUGUGGUUGGCAUCAAAAAUACCGAACGUGCACGAUUGUUGGACGAAAACCGAGGAAGGAUCUAUUGCAUCUGCGGAAAAGUGUUCAACCACAAGUUUUUUUGCAGCACAGAAUGCGUUAAGAUGUGGAACAUCUACAAGGCCCAGAACAAAGUAACCAAACCAGAUGAAUAGAAUGACGGCAACGACAUUCAUAUAACAAUUCCAAAUUUGAAUGGCCAAAGCCCAUUUUUUAGAUUUUCAAUCAUCCUCAAAUUAAGCUGAUGGAAAACAAAAUCAUUUUUUAUUUAAAACAGAGCGUAAAAAAAGCUACAGAAAAUCGUCACAAAAUCACCAAACAAUAGUCAACUUUAAUUCAGAAAUAGAGAAUUCUGGUUCUGACUAACUAACUGAAUCCGAUUUAUUUUAAUUUAAAAAAAUAACAAAAUUUGUAUCCAUACAAUUUUGACAGACAAAACAAAAAAAUUACGCUCUACGAUUUAAUACAUGUAGCUUUUAAGUUUUAUAUAUUCAAAAUACCCAAUGUCAAAAGAACGACGCCGUCGGCAGUGGUAUAUCUAUAUCAGACGCUCAUUCAAAAUAUCUCACAUAUUGAUGUGAGAGUCGGUGUAUUGACCAUGUUCACUCAUAUCGAUAUUGCGAAACGAGAGCGACUCCCCAUGUAGAAUCAGUAAAUAUUUACUUCAUCUUUCGCAACCGCAUCUUAAUUAAUUUGAUUUUUUUUUUACAAAAAAUAUAAAGCAAAUACAAUUCUACGAAUACAUUGUAUUCUCAUUUGCAUGAAAUCUACAAUGAACAAUGUAUGAGACAUACAACAAUAUAAAUAUCAGAUUUUAAACAAUAAACACAGCCAAAUAGCGCUGAUUUAUGCACCAAGUCAAAUGUAUCGCGAUUUAUUUGCUAUUUUCAUUCAUUCUACAUUGAGAAAUCUUUUGCAUAGAAAUCAAUUUGUUUAGACGUUUGGAAAUUGCGCGCAAUUUUUUGAAUGAGUGUGAAUAUCA